AUGGCACAUAUUUUCCGCUCUGCCACCAAUGAGCCAAUGCCUCUUUAUGCCGAGCGAGUUCACCUCCUUCGCACAGCUUUCGAUCUGGAUCCUCUGGCAUUGAUAAACGAAGCCAACCACUCCGCCGCCAGGCUAGUCAACCUCCUGACAUCCGACUUCCCAAACCACUUUUCCGACACCGACACGUUCGCCAAUCGCACCGUCAGUCUACACAAACGAGCACAAAUCCUCGUCGCAGAUCUCUGGGCGUGUUUUCGUGGUCAAUGCUUCGGGAAUUUCGACGACAUCGGUACCGCGCUUACCAUGUUCGCCGACUAUCGAGUGCCUCAGAUGUUGCAGCGACUAGGUGUGUUGAGGUACAGUCCUCGACUAGAGACCAAGAUCCGACGUAAGGAGAUCUUUGAGUCUGGUGAGGAUCUUGAGGUAGAGAUCCGGGGCUGCAGCGUCUGGGCUGUGGAGUUGUUGAGAAGGGAAAUUGUGAGGUUGGGUGGGGAGACGUGGGAGGUCGAGGUUGAGCAUGAAGUUGAUGAGUGCGAGGCAAAGCCUCCGUCAAGUGUGGCUGCAAGCUCAGCUCUUCGACACGGCGCAGUAAGCGGCGGCAUCAUCGUAUCACGCCCACGCAAAAGCAUUGAUGCAACAGCACCGGAUGCAAAAGUCGACAUCGAAUCCUCUGGCACCAAGCCAUUGGAUGCGAACGCUGAGGUCACUGACCCUAUAUCGCGGACAGGCACAGAGUCCAUCAAGGCUCUGGAAGCGGUCUCACUACGUGACUCGAACGCAGAGACCGAUACAGCAGACGUUUCGGCACCAACAAUGACCACGGGUCUCCCCACAACGCCGUCAGCCGUGCCCUCGUCUGACACUUCCGCAGACCCACACUCCAUCGCAGCCGGCAAUGCAAUCGACACAGCCGAUAUCAGUUCACCAGCCGAACCAUCGAUGGAGGCGACCGAACCACAUCUGCCAGCACGAUCUCCAUCACAAGCAACCGAAUUGCCAGCCACAGCGUCCGAAUCACCAACGAUGCCACCUCUUUCAUCCUCCGCAUCCUCAGUUCCCAAGAAGGAGAGAAGAAAAGUUCAGGUCCACCUCAAUGCCGUCCUUUUAGACUACCUUCUUUACGACACAGCCAAAGAGCUCGAGGCGCAGGACCUUGCAGAGACUGCGGCUGGAAACACACAGGCGCUGCAGGAAGAGCAGCAGCAACUAUCACGGACCCAACGACGACAAGUGCAAUCGGUAGAGGAGGCAGUCACUUUGAUCCGGAUGGGCCGAGGACCCUACCGCACCAUCGAUGUAGGAGUAUUUGGUACUGAGCUUCUGCGUCGCCGAGCAUAG